AUGGAUGUGGGAGAAGUGCUCAGCUACCAGCCCAACAGGGGCACCAAACGCCCCUGUGAUGGGCAAGAGGAAGAGCUGAAAAGGCCCAAGAAACUAGCUGGUGCUGGAGGACUCGACCGCUUUCGGGAAGAGGGAAUGACGGUGGGAAAAGCAGCAGAUGAUGACCGGAAGAUGCUGCUUCAGAUUGUGGACAACGAAGGUGAGGGGAAAGAGGAAGAGGAGGAACCACUGGAUGCCAGCUCCGUGAAGAGAAUGAUCCUGACCUUUGAGAAGAGAUCCUACAGGAACCAAGAGCUGCGGGUCAAGUUUCCAGACCAGCCCGAGAAGUUCAUGGAAUCCGAGCUGGACCUCGAUGACAUCCUCCAGGAAAUGCACGUGGUGGCCACCAGGCCGGACCUGUACCCGCUCCUGGUGGAGCUGAACGCCGUCCCGUCUCUCCUGGGGCUGCUGGGACACGACAACACAGACGUGGCCAUCACCGUGGUGCACCUGCUGGAGGAGCUGACAGAUGUGGAGACGGUCCACGAGGGUGAGGAGUGGGGAGCGGAGGUGCUGGUCCAGGCGCUGGCGGACGGGCACGUGGUGGCGCUGCUGGUGCACCACCUGGAGCGCCUGCGGGAGGCGGUGGCGGAGGAGGCGCAGGGCGUGCACGACGCCCUGGCCCUGGUGGAGAACAUGGCCGAGUUCCGGCCCCAGGUGUGUGCGGAGGCCGCCCAGCAGGGCCUCCUGCGCUGGCUGCUGAACAGGCUGAAGGCCAAGAUGCCCUUCGACGCCAACAAGCUGUACUGCAGCGAGGUGCUGGCCAUCCUGCUGCAGGACAGCGAUGCCAACAGGGCCUUGCUGGGGAAGCUGGGCGGGAUGGAUGUGCUCUUGCGGCAGUUAUCCGUGUUCAAGAGAAGGGAUCCCGGCACCGCGGAGGAGCGGGAGAUGAUGGAGAACCUGUUUGACUCGCUCUGCUCCUGCCUGCUGCUCAGUGCCAACCGCGAGCGCUUCCUGCAGGGCGAGGGCGUUCAGCUGAUGAGCCUCAUGCUCAGGGCCAAGCGGGUGUCGAGGAGCAGCGCCCUCAAGGUGCUGGACCACGCCAUGCUCGGGCCCGAGGGCGCAGGCAGUUGUGAUAUGUUUGUGGACAUCCUGGGUUUAAGGACCCUCUUUCCCCUCUUCAUGAAAUCUCCCAGGAAGAUCAAGAAGGCGGGGAGCACCGAGAAGGAGCACGAAGAGCACGUCUGCUCCAUCCUGGCUUCCCUCCUGCGCAACCUGACAGGCCAGCGGUGA